UAUUUUCUUUGGGUUCAAAAAGCGUUAGCCGGCUCAAAACUCGCGCAUGCGUAUGAUAAACACGCUGGAUCGUAAACAAAACAACAAAAAUGACGACCCUUCCUAUGAACCCGAAGCCAUUCCUGAAUGGUCUAACAGGAAAACCAGUCUUGGUGAAGCUGAAGUGGGGCAUGGAAUACAAGGGUUACCUGGUCUCCGUGGAUGGCUACAUGAAUCUGCAGCUUGCAAACACAGAAGAACUUAUUGAUGGAGCAUUGACAGGCAAUCUGGGAGAAGUAUUGAUAAGGUGCAAUAAUGUGCUGUAUGUCCGAGGAGUUGAGGAGGAGGACGAGGAAGGGGAGAUGAAGGACUGAGCCAUGCUAUUCUCUCCAUGACCACCUGUACAUAGCACAUCACUCCAUUCAAUUAUUGACUGUCGUCAUUAGUGUCUUGAACAUUUACGUGCUUAUUAUUGUUGUAAAAAUGUGAAAUUUUCAUGAUUUUAAGUGUCAUGUACCAAUUUCAAUGUUUUAAAAAAAAUUAAGUGGAUUUUCAAUAUCAUUUAAACAAGUGCAUAUAGCCAUGAAUUACAAAUUUAUUAGUAUUUGUACACUACAAAGAAAAGUCCACCCAAGUGUGAUUCUUUUUGCGUCUGAAGAACAGGAAGCCUGACACACCUCAAUUCAAUUACUCAAUCAUGUUAGCUGACCAUUUUUGUUAUUGUGUAAAUAUAUAUUAAAUGAGAAAAAUGUG